AAGUAAACGAGAGAGAAACACAGAAGAGAUUUCAAUCUCUCCCUUAAAUUUUUCUUCCUCUUUCUCUCACUAGUUUUUUGAGCCGUGGACUCGAGCAAUUGUUCCUCUACUAGUUUCCCGAAGCUUAAAUCUGUUUGUUAUUUCAGUUUUUUCGCCCAAAAAUGGAAAUUUUCUGGUAAUUAUCAAGUGACAGUUGAACAGCAAAGAACUAGUUUCACUUCCAUGAGUCUCUGGUGUCCUUAAAGCUCGAGAAUUUCGGUGAAACAUCUCAUUCUGUGUCCUAUUUCAUUUCCACAGAGAAGAUUAAAUUCAAAAUUUUAACCGUUGGGUUGCACUGUUUUCGCCGGCGGCCAGUUUUCCUGUAGCAUCGGCGACUAGUAUUUCAGAUACUUCGUUGUUCUCUGAGCUCAGAGAUGAUUUUGAGUUAUGAGUAUUGCUAAUUAGCUUGUUUUUUAAUCUGGGUUUGGGUCAGAACUUGAUUACACUCUGGUUGGUAGGUGGGAAAAUAGAAAAAAGCAAGGUUGACUGGUGGAUAGAUAGAUAGAAAGAGCUCAAUGAGUCGAAACCCAACAUUCCUCAACUUUUUGAAUAUAAAUUAGUACCAAUUUCAUCAUCCAUGAAUGACUCCACAGCUUCAGGGAAUCAAAUUGUCCCUCCAAAACCAGAAAAGAAGAAGCGAAAUCUCCCCGGAAUGCCAGAUCCAGAUUCUGAGGUGAUUGCUCUGUCUCCGAAGAGUUUACUAGCUACCAAUCGAUUUGUAUGUGAAAUCUGCAGCAAAGGGUUUCAGAGAGACCAGAAUUUACAGCUCCAUAGGAGAGGACACAAUCUUCCAUGGAAGCUUCGUCAGAAAUCAAGCAAAGAGGUUAGAAAGCGAGUCUAUGUGUGUCCCGAGACGUCCUGUGUUCACCACGAUCCUUCGCGAGCACUCGGCGAUCUCACGGGGAUUAAAAAGCAUUUCUGCAGAAAACAUGGCGAGAAGAAAUGGAAAUGUGACAAGUGUUCAAAGAAAUACGCGGUUCAGUCUGAUUGGAAGGCUCAUUCGAAGGUUUGUGGAACUAAAGAGUACAAAUGCGAUUGUGGGACUCUGUUUUCAAGGAGGGAUAGCUUUAUCACACACAGAGCUUUCUGUGAUGCCUUAGCUGAGGAGAGUACUAAAGCAGUGGCACCUCAUGAGGACUCGAAAAUUGAUAUUGUUGCUUCAUCGCCACCAUCGCUACGACCAACAGCUGAGAUAUCCUCUGUUUUGCCCAUUCAAAAUUCAGAGUUUCGAGAAAAUCCAAAUCCGACCCAGAUCUUAGAUGAUGCACCGGUAAGCUGUGGCAAUACUAGCAGCUCGAGCAGCAAUGGAAGUACAAGCAGUAGUGUAUUUGGUAGCUUGUUUGCAUCUUCAACAAAUUUACAACCUCAACCAGCUGGAUUUACCAACUUAAUCCGAUCCAUGUCUCAUCCUGAACGAGUACCUGACCUCACACCAUCUUCAUCCACUGAACCUGUUUCUCUGUGUCUCAACACCAAUCAUGGGUCUUCAAUUUUCGGCACUGCAGGGCAAGAACUCGAGCAGUAUGCUCCACUACCCCACCCAGCGAUGUCUGCGACAGCAUUGCUUCAGAAAGCUGCUCAGAUGGGGGCAGCUGUAACAAAUUCAUCGUCGCUGAGAGGGUUUGGGAUUGCUUCAUUGACCUCUUCGGGAGAGCAGCACUGGGAUCGGAGGCAGAUUCAGCCAGAGAGUGGCUCUGAUUGGAAGGAAUUGAUGUUGGGGACCCAGUCUGUGUUUGGUCCCAAGCAAACGAUCCUUGAUCUUCUUGGGUUGGGGAUGGCUGCCGGUAGCAGCCCCACUAGUGGUCUAUCGGCCCUAAUGACCUCCAUUGGUGGCGGCGGCGGCGGCUUUGAUAUGGCCACCGCAACAGCAGCAACAUAUGGUGGUGGAGAAUUCAGCGGCAAAGACAUGGAAAGAAGGUCAUGACAAAUUGAUGCUGCAGAUGUAAGAUAUGUAAUAUUUAUGACCAGUAAUGCCCUUACGGAGGCAAGCAUUAAACCUGAGGCAGUAAUAGGCCCAUGGUUCGGAAUCCUUCCUAUUGUGUAAUGAGGAUAUGGCUGUAUUUUGUCUAGACGGCAGGCGGGCCGGGGGGGAGAGAAAGAAGAAAGAAAUGAGUGGAAAGCAGUGAAUUAUUGUGAAUGUGUGAGAUUGUAAAGCUAGAAAAUGUAACAAGAAGAAUCUGUAUAUGGCAAGUGAAUCUGGAUAUGUCUACCAAAGACGGAAGAGGAAGGGAUGAAUUUACGCUAUUCAAAUUGAAGCCUUUUGGUUUAGAAAAUAGAAGGGUUUUAGUUGAAUUUCCCGUAGGAUGAGGAUGAAGUGGAUUUUGGGUCGAUGAUAGAAGGAAAACAUCUUGAAUUUUGGUUUUUUAUUCAGCUUAGGUACACUGGAACCAGUUAGCCUCGAACCAACUUGAUUAUUUAUGAAUAAAUUUGUAAUUUUGACCACAAUAAUAUAUAUGUUUGUGUUGUGUUUA